UGACAAUUCUGUGAACUUAAUUUAUGGAGUGAACGUAUGAAGAUUUUGUUUAUCUAGAAGAGGGACAAUAUUGUUAUUAUAAUUUUAUUAAAAAUUUAAAGAAUAGGAAAGAGUUCUUACAGUCUGUGAAUAUGUCAGAGAAUUAUUCAAACAUUCAAAGUAAUGGUGUACCAGAAGCUGUUCUUUCCUCUCAAAAUUCGGAUAUGUCAUCUCCGAAUUCGAAUCUACAAUCGCCAACAAACACUGUUAGUAAUAAUACAACAUCUAAUAACAUAGCAACUGCAUCAACUAUGUUAAAUAGUGCACCAAAUAAUAGCUCGAAAUUAGGUAAUGCAGAAAAUCAACCGAUACUAACCCGUCCUCGUCUGCAAGAGUUAGUUCGAGAAGUUGAUCCAACGGAGCAGUUAGAUGAAGAAGUUGAAGAAUUAUUACUACAGAUAGCGGAUGACUUUGUCGAGGAUACUGUAAAAUCGGCAUGUUUAUAUGCGAAACACAGAAAAAAUUCAAAGAUUGAAGUAAAAGACGUUCAACUACAUCUAGAAAGAAAAUGGAAUAUGUGGAUACCAGGUUUUGGAACAGAUGAACUUAAACCAUAUAAAAGAGCGGCAAUAACUGAAGCUCAUAAGCAAAGAUUAGCAUUAAUAAGAAAAACAAUUAAAAAAUAUUGAUUAAAUUAAAAACAUUAAUACUUUUAUAUCAACAUAAUGUAAUUCAAAAUCAUUUACUAGGUUAUUAUUUCAAAUUUUAAAAAGAUAUCAAAUUAAAAAAAAAAUACCUUUAAUUUCUUGUUUUUAAUAUUUUAUGGCAUAUAAUGUGAAAUUUUUGC